AGCUCUGAGAUCUGGACAGGCCUUUGACAGGGGGAAUCUUACGUUUGUGCGCACAGAUUGAUCAAGUGCGCAACUGCUGAGAAGCGGACUGGUGUCUUUGCCACCCAGGCAGCAUCUUGAGGAACAAAGACUUCUGGGAAACUGGACGUGAACUGCUGAGGAAGGCUGGUGGACGUGACAAAAAGAAGGGAGAAGAAAGUGAAGAGCAGGAUGGAAACACAGAGCAGAGGGCAUCUGAGAGGGGGAGGUUGCGCACCCUCUGAAAGAACUGCUUCCUGUCUUCUGCUCAUACUUAUCACUGGUGUGUGUUGCGUUCAUGCUCUGGAGAUGUCUACUGGUAAGAUCCCGUUUUUGGAAGCAGUGAACGGCAGCACAGUCCUUCUGCCCUGCACCUAUGCCAGCUGUAUUGGGAUCACUAACCUCUACUUCAAAUGGGAGUUCAAUGAUAAUGGCACCAUGCAGAAGUUGGCUGAUUCUGUGAUUCCAACGGAUCAUGUGGACCCAAAUAAGGUGAUCAUUUACCGUGAAAGGGUGGAGUAUGUUGGCACCAGUAAAGGAAACAACAUCUCCAUACUGCUUUGGAACGUAACAUUCGAGGAUGCUGGCGUCUACAGCUGCUUUGGCAAAAACCCCAAAGAGAAGGGCAAGAAUCACACCGCCUUUUUCACUCUAUACGUAGUAGAGGAACUAAGGGUGGUUGAUAACACGCUCACCAUUAUCAUUGCCUCCUGUGUUGGUGGAUCCAUCGCUUUUUUAAUGGCCUUCAUGCUGAUAAAGAACUUCACUCUGUUCGUUCUCGCAAAGAUUGAGGAAAAAAAUAAGGAGUGCCUUGUCACCUCCUCAGGGAUUGAUAACACGGAGAACGGUCUGUCGGGCUCCAAAUCUACACCAAAGAAAGCAUGACAGCGUGCAUCGAAACAUGGUCACACAUGCACGUGAAAACAUGGAUCAGCCAUCAUGCUGUGCCCUCUCUGUUCAUUCGCAUCCGUGUUUACAAAUGCUACACUUCUGUUUUCAUCAUAAAGACAUAGUGUUAAACAAAUUGUAAAGAUUUUCAUUCGUAACAUAUCCAUGGAUGAUAUUCACAUGGCUCAUUUUAAGCAUUUAGUUGACUCAUAAACACGGUUAUGAAUGAAAAGAGGGGCAUUAUGUAUUUCUGCAUAUAUUUACAUUUAUUUAUGCAGUUAAAUAUGCACCACAUGCAGCCUCAUGCACUUUAGUUCAUUGACCCACACUGUGGGAUGUAUUUAUUCUUAUGAUAGAAAAAUGUAAUAUUUUCUUCAAACAAUGCUUAAGACAGGGAUAAAUUUAGCUAUGCUAUUCAUUUAGUUAAUUGAACUGGACUGUAAAACUGUGAAGGGCCCCCGGCCUCACGUGUAGGUGCCUGACUAAAAUAGUUAAGAAAUGAGUACAAGUGAGGCAACACUUCUGAGCU